CUCUGUGCAGACCUCGGUGGGUUUUCCUGGCGUAUGUGUGACGUCCCUUAACUCAUGGCUCGACUCUGCAGCACAGAGGGCCUGCUGCUGCUGCUGCUGCUGGGGCUGGCGUUGGUGCUCAGCGCUGAGGCAAGAGACCAGAGGCCAACGGCACUGAGGAGGACGAAGAGGGAGUGGAUCCUUCCUCCUGCUAAGCUGAUGGAGAACACAGACUACACCAACAGGGAGUUCAUUGCCAAGAUUCGCUCUGAUAAAGAAACAAAUCUGGAUGUGAAGUAUUAUCUCUCCGGAUCAGGAGCUGACAGGCCACCCUAUAACCUAUUUGUGGUGGACCAUACCACUGGGUUUGUACGCGUCACUGCUAAGCUGGACCGGGAGAAAACUCCAUUCUUCAAUCUAUCCGGGAGGGCUGUGUUCAAUGAUGGAACACCAGCAGAGGAGGACAUCCCACUGAAUGUCGAAGUCCUGGACAUGAACGACAACACUCCUUAUUUUGAGCUGCAUAAUGGCAAUGUCAGUGAGGCAAGCAAAAAAGGGACCUUAAUUAUGCAGAUCCAGGGGAAAGAUGAUGACGAAGCUGGAACAGAUAAUUCAAAGAUCUCCUACUCCAUCGCCAGCCAGGAGCCACGGGGCACAGGUCACAUGUUCACUAUAGACAAACAGACAGGCAAAGUGUACGUCAAGGAGGCCACCCUGGACAGAGAGACUUGUGACUUCUACAAACUGGUUGUACAUGGGAGUGAUCUGGGAGGGGCACCAGGGGGGCGAACUGGGACAGGAACUGUGGAGAUCAGAGUCCUGGACAUCAAUGAUAACAUCCCCACUCUGGAAAAAUCUGAGUACAAUGGCAAAGUGGAUGAAAAUGUCGCCGAUGUAGUUGUGAUGAGAAUCAAAGCUCUGGACAAUGACCUUGUGCACACAGACAACUGGGUGACUGUCUUCGAGAUCGCCCAAGGAAAUGAGAAUAAUCUCUUCUCCAUUGAGACAGACAGAGAAACCAAUGAGGGCAUCCUUAAGCUGAUCAAGGCUGUGGAUUUUGAAGAAGUCAAGAAUCUUGAGCUCGGCCUGGUCAUUACGAAUGUAGCUCCUUUUGUGGAGGGGGAGGCUGUACGGAUGGAUGUGGACGUUCAGGUUGGAGAGGGUGGUGGUCCUUUGGCUCCCGGAGCCAGUGGCGCAAGUGGAGCUUCUGCCGGAGCUGGUGGAGGUGCAGGGGUAGGCCUGGGAGCAGACCUGGGGAUGGAUGCAGGUGUGGAUGUAGGUGUUGGCGUGGGCCUAGAUGCUGAUCUUGAAGGAGGACUUAAGCCUGGAGUGGGUGUUGGACUUAAGCCAGGUGUCAAACCAGGAACAAAGCCUCCGGCAAAAACCUAUCCCAUCAAGAUAGCAGUGAAUAAUGUGCCAGAGGGUCCUGCUUUCAUCCCUGACACCAAGAAGGUUCCUGUAUCAGAGGAUCCAAAGGAAGCACCCAAGGAUGGUGUGAUCACAGUGUUCGCUGCUGUCGAUCCAGACACCGGAAAAGCAGCUGAAGAUGUCAGUUAUGCCAAAGCCUAUGAUCCAGGUAACUGGUUUACCAUUGAUAAAGAAACAGCUGAGAUUAAACUCAUCAAGGUACCGGAUAGAGAGUCGCCAUUCUUGGUGAAUGGUACCUACAUUGCCAAGAUCCUGGCCAUAACCAAAGACCUGCCACCAAAGACAGCAACGGGAACAAUAGCCAUUCAAGUGCUCGACCACAAUGACCACUGUCCCACCCUGACCACCACCCGCAGCACUCUGUGCUCUGAUGUCAAAACUGUUAAUGUCACUGGCUUUGAUGAGGAUGUGAGUCCCAACGCAGCUCCAUUUACAUUCAGAAUCAUACCUGAAGGGACACGAGGCAAAUGGGAUGUAGAAGUCAUCAAUGAGACGAGUGCUGCUCUUCACUCUCACGAAGCGCUGUGGCCCGGCUCAUACCAGCUGCAGGUGGAGGUGGUGGACGCUAAGGGUCUGUCUUGCCCGGACAAGGAAAUUUUUACUGUGGAUAUUUGUACCUGUGUGGACACAGGGGACUGCAUGGUAAAGGCCGCCAGACUAGGAAGUACUUCCUCUAAGCUCUCUGCCUCAGCUAUCGGCCUGAUGCUAGCGGCAAUGUGCUUACUGCUGUUCAUCCUUCUUCUCCUGCUGUUCUGUCAGUGCGGAGGAGCAGACACCAUCUUUCCUGACCGAUUUAGUGAUCUGCCAUUUGACGCCAAAGAACACCUCAUGUCCUACCACACUGAAGGCAGAGGCGAGGAUAAGGAAGUGCCUCUCCAAAGUGUUCCAAUCAAAUUGGGAACUCAGAAGAAAAUUGAGAGUGCACCAGUGGCAAACUUCAACAUGUUUCCUUCCAAAAUCACAGGAAAUCAGAAAACUACAAUCUAUGAUGAAUCUGUGUAUAACUUUCAGGAAACCAGUCAAAGUUUUAUGGAGGUUGACAACAUCUACCGGUUUUCAAGGGAAUUGUCCAACUAUGGCAAUGGCAGUGCUGCAUUCGGCAGGCAAACAUUUGGUGCCCAACACACCACAUCUCUGUUUGAUGAUAUGGCCCUAUCUGACGCUUUUCUCAAAGAUUACUACUCACAGAAAGCGAUGUGUGCUGUCCCACUGAACGAUGGCCUUUCGGAGUAUGGUUUUGAGGGCAUGGGCUCCUCUGCUGGCUCAGUAGGCUGCUGCAGCCUCCUGGAGGCUGACGACGACCUACACUUCCUCGAUGACAUUGGGUUUAAAUUCAAGACCCUGGCUGAGAUCUGUUCGCCUCCUACACCAACACCCACACCCACACCUGUCCUGACACACCCAAUGGCAGGUGCUGUCAAAACCACAGUCAAUUUUGUUGAACCUGUCGUUAAGCCCAAAAUGGAGCGCAGUGUUGAAACAAAGCAUAUUGAUAUAAAGACAGAAAAAGUAACGUCAUCUACUAACAUCUCUAAAUCAUCCAUGAGAACUGUAAGCACUGCCCUGCCACCCAUGACACUUCCUCCCUCCAAGGUUACUAACAUCAGUCAUUCCUCUAACAUCAGUCAUUCUGCUUCCCUGCCCCGUCAAACCCAGACAGUCAUACUUCAGCAGCAGCCAGUUUACUACACCACCAGCCCUGUACUGCAGCCCAUGCACUAUGUAGUUCAACCACGGCUUCAGAACACGGUUCUGCUGGCAGAUGGGGCCCCUAGAGCCAAUUUACCAGGCAUGUAUGUAGUGAGUGGGUCCAAGAGUACUUCUUCUGGACUCCUAAUCGGGAGACCCCAAGGCUCUCCUUCUGGGCCAGUAAUCCAGGGCACUCAGAGCCCAAAAAGCCCUGUCAGCCCUGCCAGUCCAGUAAGCUCCUCCCUGUUGCUACCUGGUGGACUAGGCGUGCCACAGGUAUCAGUCCCUGCGGAGGGCUUGAAAAUAGUAGGGCCAAAUCCUGAUGGUACUUAUAUGUUAGUUAAAGAAAAGAGUAGUCGGGGUGAGGUAGAGGGGGUGGACCCAGGCUCACCUCAGGGCACUUUGCCCAGAGGUGCUAUCCUGGUUAAAGAGGCUGUUCCCCCUCAGGGGGUGUUAGGCCCAGCAGCCCAGGGGAGUGUGUAUGGCAUUCUGCCAGGACACACUGUUGCUAUAAAGGGGGGUGUUGUUGCAGUAAAUAACAAUGUGGGGCAAACAUGGGUUGGGCAGCCAGGGCAGGUGGGGUUAGGGCCUGUCCCUGUUUUCGGAGUUGGUGUUGGGCAGCCAAGAAUGGGAACGGGACAUGUGGUAACAGUGAAGCCCGAAGUCAGACAGGCUGGAAUUUGGCCAGCUGGGAUAAAUCCAGUUGGGAUUAGGCAGGUCAGUGUAAACCAGUUCCAAGGAAUUCAGCCAUUGAAGCAAACACCGGAUGCCAGUGAAAUUCUAAAAGCAUGUAAAAUAGAUUCACCAAAGGAAGACAAGAUCACUAGUGUUGUGAAUACCAUCAUUACUGCUGAAACAGCUAAAACUCAUCAGCCUUCAAAGGAAGAAGGUAUCAUGAAAAAUCUGUUUAAGGAUGACAGUGAUCUAGCUCAGGACAUGCAUGAUGAUACAGUUCAAGAAAAGCAAGAUGUGAUCACCUACACAUCAGAGCAUGACACAACAUUACAUGAAGAGGAGCCUAGCACAGAAGGAAAUGUGGGCAGACAGGAAGCAGCACCUUCGAAAGAUGAAGAAGAAGAAGAAGAAGAAGAAGAAGAAGAAGAAGAAGAAGAAGAAGAAGAAGAAGAAGAAGAAGAAGGAAAACAGCUCAGCAUAGUUGAAGGUCCAAAGGACAGAACUCCUGAAGUUGGGUUGGAACCACAAUCAAACAAAGUCACAGAUUAUCAAAGUGACAGAGACCUGGAAGAAGAUGUCAGUCCAGCAGAGAAAAUUGUUUCAAACGUAGAAACAAAUCAGGUCAUUGCCAGUACUGAUAGUAUGCAGGCAGAAGAGACUAUGGAGGGAAUGACUCCUGUCACCAGUGAUGAGAUGAAGGUUGUGCAGGAGCAACUGUUAGAUUCUGAAGUGGGUCUCAAUUCUGCAGGUGAAGAAUUGUCUGCAACUCCGCCAAAUGAGAUUUCAACAGACACCGUGAAUGUGUGUGAAGAGAGGUCCAUCCCUAAACAAGAAGCAACGCCAAAACUAAAGGUGGAUCCUAGUGAAGGGAAUAAAAUAGACCAAGGUCAAGCAAAGACAGAUAUCUUGGAUGCUAAUGCAAGAACAUCAUUGCAAACUGUGAGCCCUAUUUUAACUAACCAACAAGAAGGAGGUCUGGAUGAUUCACAUUUGAUAUCAGAGGAAGUACAGGUAGAGGGCUCUAAUGUGCCAACCAUUUCAACAUUAGAGCAACAUCUGCAAACAGACAGUAGCCCUGGCCACAAAGAAGAAGAUGAUGUUCAACUUAAUAUAACAUCAGAAUCAGGAGUAGAUGAGAAUCAAGUCAAUGCCGAUGCAGACAGUAUUAGUGAUGGAGAGAGAGAAAAGGGUGUUGUGGAGGAUGGAGGGUCACAGCAGAGUCUCAGCACCUCUGGUGAACAAUAUGAAGACAUUGAAAGACAACAUGCUUUGAGUUCUCAAAUUGAGAACGCCUCAGAUGACUAUAUUACUGAUGAAGAGAAAGAGGAAGGUGCUGUGGAGGAAAUGGUGUCACAGGUUCAGCACAAUAUAGGCUUCUCAGAUGAUCAAGAUGAAGACAGUGCAGAAGAAGAUGCAUCAUGCACGAGUUCUCAAGUGGAUGAUACCUUAAUGUCAGAUGAUAACCUAAAUGUUCAAGAGAAAGAGGAGGAGGAGACUCUGGAGGAAGUGGCGUUAUCUAUACAGCAAAAUGUUAGCAUCACAGACCACCAAGAUGAAGAGAUUGAAGGUGACGCUGUAUUAGAAAGAUAUUCUCCUUUGGAGGAUCAGCACAUUGCAGAUGGCAAUAUGGAUUUUGGAGAGAAAGAAGAGCAUAUUGUGGAGGAAGGGACAUCACCAAUACAGCCACAGUUUAGCAUCUCCAAUGAUGAAGAGAUUAGAAGAGUAGAUGCAGGAAGUGUGAUUUACCAAGUGGAGGAUCAUUUAAUCCCAGAAGACAACAUAAGAGAUGGAGCGAAAGAGGAGGAUAUUGUUGAGUUUGGAGUGUCACAGCAGAGUCUCAGCACCUUUGAUGACCAAUAUGAAGACAUUGAAAGACAACAUGCUUUGAGUUCUCAAAUUGAGAACACCUCCGAUGACUAUAUUACUGAUGAAGAGAAAGAUAAAGAUGCUGUGGAGGAAAUGGUGUUACAGGUACAGCACAAUAUAGGCUUCUUAGAUGACCAAGAUGAAGACAGUGCAUCAUGCACGAGUUCUCAAGUGGAUCAUACCUUAAUGUCAGAUGAUAACAUAAAUGUUCCAGAGAAAGAGGAGGAGGAGACUCUGGAGGAAGUGGCAUUAUCUACACAGCAAAAUGUUAACAUCACAGACUACCAAGAUGAAGAGAUGGAAGGUGAAGCUGAAUCAGAAAGAAAUUCUCCUUUGGAGGAUCAGCACAUUGCAGAUGACAAUAUGGAUAUUGAAGCGAAAGAAGAGCAAAUUGUAGAGGAAGUGACAUCACCAAUACAGCCACAUCUUAGCAUCUCCAAUGAUGAAGAGAUUAGAAGAGUAGAUGCAGGAAAUGUGAUUUACCAAGUGGAGGAUCAGUUUAUCCCAGAAGACAACAUAAGAGAUGGAGGGAAAGAGGAGGAUAUUGUUAAACAAGAAGGAGAUGUGGAUGAUUCACAUUUGAUAUCAGAGGAAGUACAGGUAGAGGGCUCUAAUGUGCCAACCAUUUCAACAUUAGAGCAACAUCUGCAAACAGACAGUAGCCCUGGCAACAAAGAAGAAGAUGAUGAUCAACUUAAUAUAACAUCAGAAUCAGGAGUAGAUGAGGAUCAAGUCAAUGCCGAUGCAGACAGUAUUAGUGAUGGAGAGAGAGAAGAGGGUGUUGUGGAGGAUGGAGGGUCAGAGCAGAGUCUCAGCACCUCUGGUGACCAAUAUGAAGACAUUGAAAGACAACAUGCUUUGAGUUCUCAAAUUGAGAACACCUCCGAUGACUAUAUUACUGAUGAAAAGAAAGAUGAAGAUGCUGUGGAGAAAAUGGAGUUACAGGUACAACACAAUAUACACUUUUUAGAUGACCAAGAUGAAGACAGUGCAUCAUGCAGGAGUUCUCAAGUGGAUCAUACCUUAAUGUCAGAUGAUAACAUAAAUAUUCCAGAGAAAGAGAAGGAGGAGACUCUGGAGGAAGUGGCGUUAUCUAUACAGCAAAAUGUUAACAUCACAGACUACCAAGAUGAAGAGAUUGAAGGGGAAGCUGUAUCAGAAAGAAAUUCUCCUUUGGAGGAUCAGCACAUUGCAGAUGGCAAGGUGAAUACUGAAGAGAAAGAAGAGCAAACUGUUGAGGAAGUGACAUCAGCAAUACAACCACAUCUUAGCAUCUCCAAUGAUGAAGAGAUUGAAGGUAUAGCUGUAUCAGAAAGAAGUUCCACUUUGCAGGAUCAGCUCUUUGCAGAUGACAAUAUGGAUAUUGGAAAGAAAGACGGGCAUAUUGCGAAGGAAGUGACAUCACUGAUACAGCCACAUCUUAGCAUCUCCAACGAUGAAGAGAUUGGAAGAGUAGAUGCAGGAAGUGUGAUUUACCAAGUGGAGGAUCAGUUUAUCCCAGAAGACAACAUUAAAGAUGGAGCGAAAGAGGAGGAUAUUGUGGAGGAAGAGGUGUCACCUGAACAUCAAACAACUUUCAUCUCAGAUGAAGACAGUGAAGACGAAGAUGCAUCCCACACAGUUUCUCAAGUGGAGGAGCUCAUCUCAAAUUGCAGUGUAAGUGAUGGAGAAAAAGAGGCUCCAUAUAUACAGCAAAAUAUUAGAAUUUCAGAUGACCAAGAUGGAGAGAGGGAAAGAGAAGAUGCAACAGGCACAAGUUCUCACAUUGAGGAAGAAGGAAUUAAGUCUUUCCAGCAGUUAGAAGAGGAUUCUCAGUCUUUAGAGACUGAAGGUUUAAAUAAGGAAGCUCUUUAUUUAGCAAGUCAACAUGCAGAGAUGAAUCAGGUGGCAGCAACAUCAACAGUGAUUGAAUCUCAAGAAAUGCCUUGUGAAGUUACUACACAUCAUGUAAGGCAAGGGAUAGACUCUUCUCAGAGAGGAGACAUAACUCUGGAUAUUCCCGAGAGACAAGACGCUGUUGGUCAAGUGUUAGUGAGGGCUGCUGACAUGGAUGAUGUGGUCACAUCUUCAGAUGAACUGAGACCGUCCAGGGUGGCCACAGGACAGGUUUCUAUGUUCAGUGAAAAUAAAGAGGCCAGUGGUAGAAUAGUGGCAUCUGGACAAGUAGCUGAAGGAGAAACAACUCAGUCUGAUUUCCAGAACACCGAUGUAAUUCAAAUUGAACAGAGUGAAGGUGGAGAUCUCACUUUGGAAAAAGGCAAAGCAGAGGUCACUUCUGACCUAGAGAUUAGAGAGGGAUUAGAUAACAGUGCAACUAAUGCAUCUGGUCAGGUAUCACCAACAUCUGAUUUAGAGAUUAGAGUGGUGGACCAAGCCCUAUCUUCAGUGUUGGAAACAGAUCCAGGCUCAGCAGGGGCAGAAACCGCAUGUUUUAUUGCAACGAGCGAGGUAGCUGAGGAGGCUGGUUACUUUGUUCAGAAUGAGAGCGUGCACAUGACUGGAGAAGCAGCAGGGAUAGGCCCAAAUACUAAGGGGAAAGCUGGUUCGAUAGAGGUUGUCUCAGAAGCUCCCAAUUACAGGCAUGGGGCUGAGGCAAGUGGUGGUGAAGUGAGUCCUGUACAGAUUCAGACAGUCAUCAGCCAAACUCCUCUCAGCAAAUCCAGAAAGAGUAAAAAGGACUCUAACAAGGAUCCUCAAAGUCCAAAAAGCUCCUCUGGAAAGUGUAAACAACAGUGACUACAACAGUGACUGCUUUCAGUUUGAAGCUGCAUUUACAACUGUACGGUAACCCAUGGCGUUAACUUUGGAAGUAGUAUGCCCUAGCUGAAUUGGCAACUUUAUGCACCUAUGUCAUAAUUACAGUAAUGUCAUCAUUACUGGAUUUUUAUGAUAUUAAAUGUUCCAUAAAGGAUGGCUGUUUUACCCAGCAAAUAUUAUACACUCAAUAUGUGAGGCUUCUGUUUAGACAUCUUGUAAAGUGAUCACCAAAACUGAAGUGCUCGAUGUGUUGAUACAGCUCAGCUGAUGACAGUGAUUGACCAGUCAGGCCUUCAAGUCAGUUUGCUUUGUGUGGCAGUGUUGAGGCUGUGUAGGCCCAGGCACCAGUGGUGUCGGGACAUCUUGACCUAGACAGAUUGAACCGCACCAACCGGCAAUGGUUUAAGUCAAUGCAUCCGGGUACUACUCUGUUGUAAUUCCCAGUGUUGAUAUGUGUGUUAUAGUUUUGUCACAUUAUCACCUUGGAUUGGCACAUCCCAGCUAUAUUAACCACUACAUUACAGCCCCCUAUGACACUACACAUUAUAACUAUUAAAUACAUUUUAAUGGUGACAGUCUAACUCAAUCAAUACUGAUUGUGUAUUUUGACAGUAUUGUCACAGUUUAAAGGUAUGUAGUAGUCAUAAUGUGUAGUGUCGUAGGGGGCUGUAUUGUAGCGGUCAAUACAGCCGUAGCCGCGAGGAAAGAAACAUGAUAAAUAUUUCUAACAUAAGCCCAGGUAACCAGCUGUUUCAAAUGAAACCAUCAAAAUGUUACCUGGAUGCUGAUGUAGUUCAUUAAUACCUUACUGGGAGAAGAAGGAACAUUAGAGUUUGAGUAGCUCAUAGCAUCGAGCUGUGGAUGCAAAGUGUAUGUGUUUUUGCUCCAGAGAGAUCAAAACCAGCUUGACGCAUCUUGCAAUCAUAUUUUCGUAAUUUCUUUUUGUCAUAGGUGGCUGUGAUGUGGUAGCUUACUCAUACAAUCAUAUUCGCCGCAGUAGAUAUGAGAUGCGACCUGAAAAUGACCAGUAAUAUGUUUGUGACUGUGUGACAAAUCUGGUGACAGGCAGACCACAGCUGCUGCUGUUGAGUAAACACAACAUACGGAAACCAGUUAGUUUGAAAACCAGUAGGGACACAACACCAGACUGGAGUCCAGUGAAGUGGCGGGCCGGGGCUGGGGUACUCACUGAACGAGGAAGGGACGUCCUAACAAAAGACUUGCCUUGAUGAAAGGACUUACAGAUUACAUUUUCAUUUAAAUAAAGAGACCAAAAAAACAUGGCAAUAUGACAUGCAAUUGAUUGAGCUUUCUUUCUAAUUUUUGGUCAAAAUAAUUUAAACUGAAAAGAGGAUUGCAUUGUCACUUUGCUUAUUAAAUUUUCACUUGCAAAAUCUAUAUUCAAGUUGAAUGACAAAGACGCAAAUUAAAUUGUCAGUUGCUAAAGGUUUUCCCAUUUGAAUAAAGAGGCAAAAAAAUACAAUUUGGAAACAAAUGGCAAUUACAGGAAAAGGGAAAAUGCUAAAACAGAGUAACAGUAGCACAGGUCAAUUACACAGCAAUCUUUAUCUAAGGCUUGCUGCCAUUAGCUAACUUAAGCCAUCAUAACCCACUGGUCACACCAGACCAAGAAAGGAUAUAAAGUGAGUGUAUUCAAUUAGGCAUUAAUGGUGGAUUUAAUUAUUUUAACCUUUUUUUUAUUAUUAUUAUUGCUAACAAAGAAUGUCUUAUUCUUGCUUUCAAAAUGUACAUGGCCUGUUCUUCAAAACUUUGAUUUACAUUUUUCUUUACAAGAUGUUUAUCAGUUUAUCGUGAUUGAAAAUAUGAUUGUUUACAGCUUUGAUUUCCUGAUGAAAACAUAGCUUUAACAUAAUCAGGAAACAUUCACAAAUUCAUUAGAGCUGUUGUCUGUAAUAAAAGACCUGUCAAGUCCCAAUAUUGUGUUUAGAGUUUUGGCGGUGUGCCAACCCUUUUUUUUAAAUAUCUUACACAAUGCAUCUUUCAUGAAAUCUUUACCAUAUAACCAUGAUUUUGUUAAAGGCAUCUCUUCUUACUUGCUUUGAGCUGAAAUGUAGAUGAAACGACUACUAGACAGAACAUGUUUGACUGGUUGGAAAAUGAGGCGAAGAAACUAUGCUGAACUUAUGAACAUAUCUGUCUGCACCUGCAUGUGGGCGGGAGUGGGUUUAAGAAGUAGUUUGGUUCUUUUAUCUCCUUGUCUGGGUAAACAAUUACCAUUACUCAUAAAAUAUCAUUAUUUUUUAUUAAAAUACGAUGUGGGAA